AUGACGCCCGUUGACCCUGUUGCUGCUGGUCGCGAGCGCAAGAUUCGUUCAGUCAUCGAUUUUGCCAGAAGUCUCCAGUCGAAGCUUCCAGAGACGCGCGAUGCCGCCGCCGUCGAAGCGCUCAUCGCAGAUCUGAGCCGCUACAUCCAGACCAUCGAGGGCCUCUCCCGACAGGGCAGCCCCGCGGUCCCGAGACGCAUCGCCAAGGACCUGGAGCACCAGGGCAGAGACCUGUGGAACCUCUGCAUCCGGACCAGGCGUGACAUACCGAGCGCAUCACCGCCUACAAGCCCGCAGAUCAAGUUACUAGUGCGGGCGAGGUUGUUCAGCUUUCUCGUCUUGGAGACAGGGCGCCGAGCGGCCGGCAGGGGGAAGAAGCAGCAUGGCGCCGGCUCGGAGGCGGCGUACCUGCUGAAGCUGGCUUUGGCCCUGGGAAGAAUAUGCAUUGGAGACGAGGAUUUGGACUCGGCGCGCCUGGCGUUGCAAAAGGCAGCCGAGUACGUGGGCCAGACGAAGGCAGAUACCAAGGCGGGUGACGCCAGUGGCACCGAGGCCCUCGCAACGAAACUCGAGGCGGAAUACCUCAGCAUGCGGAUGGCAUUGUCGUGGAAAGAGGACUGCCUCGAUGUCGCCGAGCACAUGUACUCCAAAACGGAAUCUCUUUUGCAAAGCCUCGACGUCUCAUCCGCCGAAACCAUGUCCGAUACGAUUUAUCGCAUUGCCAACGACUUGUGCGAGAGAAGGAAUUUCGACUUGGCACUGAAGUGGUUCAAGCGAACGCAUGCCAUUGUCCAUACCCAGGACCUAGAGAAGCUGUCAAUGCAUGGCUUGGAGCUGCGCCUCGCCGCCUUCCACGGCAGAGUUCAGAGCCUGCUGGGGAUUGGGUCAGCCGACUCUCUUCAAGAGGCCAGCGAUCUCGUCGCCUACGUCGAGUCCGAGAUUGGGGACAAGCCCGUGGUUCUUCGCUGGCGGCUGGAAAUCCUUCAGCACACUCCGGGUGAGGUCUUCGACGCUGAGGCCUACGCUAGCGCACUGCGUCGGAUGAUUCAGUGCUUUGACUUUGCGGAUGAGACCUUGGAAUAUUUACUUCAUCACAUCAGGCAGCUUCGUGAGAAGAACUCGCGGUUGGCCGUGAGACUAUUGGAUGAACUGGCGGAGCAGCAUAUCGUGAAGAGCGGGAACACAGAAUGGAUCAGCAAAGUUGUCGUGAGGCGAAUACUGAUGGCAACGAUGGCACCAACUUCCACAGAGUCUCUUGAUGCACUCGGCAAUUUCUUGGACCAGGUACACGAUGCCCUUUCGGGCCCCGUCGGCUCCGCACCAGCUGGCGCGGCGCAGUCUAUUCUAUGGAAGAAAAUGGAGUCGUCUGUUUCCAAGGAGAGAUUUACGGCGGCGGACGCGUGGGGUGCAGUCGCCCUGCAUCCAGUCUUCAACAGCUGUGACGAGUCCAACAAGGCCAAGUUCAGUCGGAGACGGAUCCAGUAUGCCAUUCGGUUGAACGACCCAGAGAGAGCUAGAGCAGCGUUUCAAGGUAUGAAGGACGGACAGAGGGAUGAGCCGCUAACGAGGUACCUCAUGUUCAAGGUUGCGCUUCUCAGCUGGGAUCAUGAGCUGGGAUGCGAGUGCAUUGAACGCCUUAGUCGAAACUCAGACAAGGACAGAACCCGAGACAUAUUGUAUGCCUGCGUCCGGGAGGCACAACAAGUUGGAGACAAAAUCUGCACCUUGGCAGCGCUCAAAUCAGUCGCGCAAAGCUGGGCCUGCGGCACGAAAUUGUCGAGCAGCUUUCCCUCCAUCUUGCGUUGCACUAUUCGACUUAUACGGAUGAUCCAGGAGGACAGCGCCGCUACCGAUGAUGAGGGCCGCGAGGACGACUUUGCGGGAGACCUUUGUGAUGUCUUUGAAAAAGCUGCUGAGUAUGCGAGACAGCACCCGAAAGACGACCAAGGAAAGAAGAUCUUCACGAUCCCUGAGCUCCACUGGUUUCGGAAGAACUCGUACAACAUUGGUGCGACCGAGUGCGACAAGUGGGAGCCGCAGUGCAUAGUCCGCAUCUUUGCCGCCUGUGUGACGUAUAUCGGCUGCUAUCCGGAAGAUAUUCCCUUGGGGGAUAUUGCGGAGCUGACGCUGAUGGGCAUGCGCUGCCAUUUUGUCAUCGCCGCGGCUUCGGUUGCGCUUGCGCGGGCGGAAAACAGAGUCGACGAGCAGCUCCAGCGAUAUCUCGAGACGAGACAUCACGUUGCCGCGUUCGAUGCCUUGUCUCAAAGGGAUAUCGGCCCUCAAGGUGAGGAUAUCGUAGCGGACUUGCUGGCCAAGAUGGCCACGCUGUCCGUAUUUGACUUUGAGAGUGCCGUGGCACUGAAGGCAUGGGACGACCUAAACACCAUCGUCAGGAAGGCCGAGGCGUGCAGAGACGAAGUAGCGUACAAGGCCAUGGGGGAUUGCCUGCUGCGGAGCCACGCCCCGGGCAGAGUCCUAUACGCGGCCAUGCGGCUCAUCGUCAACGAAAUCUUCGAGCUCGAGAACUUUGACAGCGCCAGGCUGGCCAAGUACAUGCGCUGCAUCUUCCAGGCCGUCUUGCCGACCGACGACGGCCUUGCUUUGCAGUUGCUGGACCAGGCGCUGCAGCUCGCCCGCGAGGGCGCCCAGAUGCGCACGCCUUUCCCCGCGCUGGAGCUGGAAUGGCUUGUGGCCUCGACGUUCAACCACGCCGUCGACCACUACGCACGCGGCGAGGAGGCCAGUUGCCACAAGUGGGCGCUCAAGGCCAUGGACCUGGCGGAGUACGUCGACGACAAGGGCGCGCUGGCGGCUACUCUGCAGGACAGGUUUGCCCGGCUGCGGUUCGAAGACCACCGCCCGAAUCCAAUGUGA